AUGAAUACAACCCCCCCCAACAAAUGCGAGGCCGGGGGAACCGCGUUGGUGGGAGGUCUCCUUCUCGCUCGGUCGAUCCACAAUAGCCGCGCCAGGAAGAAGGUGCUGCAGAUACCGUCGGCGCGGCGAUCCGACCACACCGACGAAUACUUCGGUCACGUCGUGCGGGAUCCCUACAGAUGGUUGGAACAGGAAGACAGCAAGGAGACCAAAGCUUGGGUAGAAGAACAAACCAAGCACACGGAUGCGUACCUCCAAACGGAACUAGAACCGGGUCGAGGAAAGUUCCUGGCUAGGCUCGAAGAGGUUUUCAACUACGACAAGCACAGUUCCCCCUGGAGGGUGGGCGAAUACUGGUUCUCCUACCUGCAGAAGGGCCUCAGCCCUCAGGCGGUCAUGUACAAGCAGGUGCGGAUUGUGGUUGGGCUGGAUGGCACGCCGGAAGUGCUUCUGGACCCGAACACGCUGAGUAAGGACGGCACUAGCGCUCUAUCGGGGGUGGACUUCUCCAAGGACGGGGACAAGUUGGCUUACGGCAUCAGCAAGAAGGGUUCUGAUUGGUUUUCCAUUCACGUGAAGGACGUGGUUACAGGCAAGGACCUCCCCGAUGUCGUGGAUUGGUGCAAGUUCGGAGGCAUCACGUGGGAGGAGGGGGCACGGGGAUUCUUCUACUCGGCGUUUCCCCGACCGAAGUCGUUGGAGGCCGCUGGCAAGAGCGCCGGCACCGAAGUAGAAGUCGCCACCGGGCACCGCAUCAUGUACCACAAGCUAGGCACCAAGAGCUCAGAAGAUCAGCUGGUGUACCAGUCUCCCCUGGACGAGAAGUGGCUCGCCUCCAGCAUCAUGUCCGACGACUGGAAGACCCUCAUCAUCAGCAUCGGAGACAGCUGCGACCCGGUCAACAGGUAG